UUCACCAGUGACUGAUAAUGGCGUAUUUUGAAACAUUAUUAUUGUCAAUUUGGGUACAUUAAUUUUAUAUCUUUUGUGAAAGUCCUCUGCGCUCUAUGUUUUUGGGUCGGCAGCCGUGGAUAAUUCAGAAACCGAUCAAAUUUAAAGUUUAUCACGAAUUCGAGAAACGAUCACCGCAUAUCGAUAGGACAUAUAGUAUUUUACUGCGGACUUGCAAUAAAUUUGUGGCCGAACAGUUCUUCUCUAUCACGUUGUUGUCACUGCGCUCUCUUGACGUCCUCCUAGAUCAAACGACCGUCGUGUAUCAAUGGUAUCUGCGUGCCUGCAAUGAGUAGUGAUCCCUUGGGACGAAGACGCACAAGCAUAAUGAAUAGUACGGUGCCCAAGAAGAGGGGUAAUAUGCGUGUGAAGGCAUUCCCGUCUCGCACCGACGAGAAGUUUGUGGACAAUACUUGGGCGAUGCUGAAGAAUGCCAUACAGGAGAUACACAAGAAGAAUAAUUCUUGUCUGAGCUUUGAAGAGUUGUAUCGCAAUGCAUAUACAAUGAUAUUGUUGAAACAUGGCGAACGUCUGUAUAACGGUAUGAGAGAAACUGUUUCUGCACACUUGGAAACUAAAGUCCGUGAAGACGUUCUCAGUGCUCUAAAUAACAAUUUCCUUCAGACUCUUGAUGAGUGUUGGAGAGAUCAUCAGACGUCAAUGGUCAUGAUACGUGAUAUACUUAUGUACAUGGACAAAGUUUAUGUGAAAAACAAUGAAGUUGAUAGUGUUUACAACCUUGGUCUGGUCCUAUUUCGUGAUAUUAUAGUUCGCCAUGAUCGUAUAAGAGAUCAUUUACGUGAAACAUUAUUAAGUAUGGUAAUGAAAGAAAGGAAUGGUGAAGUGAUAGAUCGAAUUGCAUUGAAGAAUGCUUGUCAAAUGCUUAUGAUUUUAGGAAUACAAAAUAGAACUGUUUAUCAAGAAGAUUUUGAACGCCCAUUUCUUGCUCAGUCUAGCGAAUUCUACAAUGUUGAAAGUCAGAUGCUUUUGGCCGAAAAUAGCGCUUCCAUAUAUAUAAAAAAAGCUGAAUCUCGAAUAAACGAAGAAGCUGAACGAGCUAAAAAUUACCUUGAUGUAUCUACUGAACCCCGUAUAAUCCAAGUAGUAGAGGAAGAGCUAAUCAAAAAACAUAUGAAGACCAUAGUUGAAAUGGAAAACUCUGGAUUUGUUUUCAUGUUAAAGAACCAAAGAACUCAAGAUCUUGCUUGUAUGUAUAAACUUCUAAGUAAUCUAUCAGAUGGUCUGAAAACUAUGUCAGACUGCUUAAGUAAGUAUUUACGAGAAGAAGGCCGGUCACUAGUUAAAGAAGACGAGACUGAUUUAAAUCCCGUCACUUAUGUACAAAGCUUACUAGAUCUCAAAGAUAAACUUGAUUAUUUUUUAUAUAAUUCAUUUGGAAGUGAUAAAAUUUUUAAACAAACUAUUUCUUCAGAUUUUGAACAUUUUUUAAACCUCAAUCAAAAGUCUCCUGAGUACAUGUCAUUAUUUAUUGAUGACAAAUUGAGAAAAGGAGUACGUGGUAUUGAUGAAAAUGAUCUAGAACCUGUGCUUGAUAAAGCCAUGGUUUUGUUCAGAUUUCUUCAGGACAAAGAUGUUUUUGAAACGUACUACAAACAACAUUUAGCCAAAAGACUAUUGUUAAAUAAGUCUGUGAGUGAUGAUAAUGAGAAAAAUAUGAUCUCAAAAUUAAAAACUGAAUGUGGAUGUCAAUUUACUUCUAAACUUGAAGGUAUGUUUAAAGACAUGUCUCUAUCAAACACUGUAAUGGAUUCAUUUAAACAGUACAUGGCCAAUUUACCAUCAUCGAAUUGCAAUAAUAUUGAUUUAUCAGUUCGUGUUCUGACAACUGGUUUUUGGCCGUUACCAACCACUACUCCAAAGUGUAAUGUACCCAGCAUAGCACGUUUGGCAUAUGAAGAAUUUAGAACUUUUUAUUUAGGUAAACACAAUGGACGACAACUUCGUCUCCAACCACAGUUAGGUUCAGCUGAUAUAACUGCUAUUUUUAAUGACUAUCGUAGAGAAAAUAGUUCAACAUCUGUGAUAAGCUCAAAUGGCAGUGGUAGUACUGUUGUAUCAACAUCUUCCAAUUCUGGCACUAGUUUAAACCAUGUUAAUUCACCUGUGCGUAAACAUCUUUUUCAAGUAACAACCUAUCAAAUGGCAAUUUUAAUGCUGUUUAACACUUAUGAAAAGAUCACCAUGGAAAUGAUAAUGAAUGAAACAGACAUUAAUGAAAAAGAUCUAACCAGAGCAUUACAAUCAUUAGCAAUGGGAAAACCUUCUCAGAGGGUAUUAUUAAAAAGUCCCAAAACUAAAGAAAUCGAAUCUCAUCAUGAGUUUUCCAUCAACGAAUCUUAUACCUCUAAAUUAUAUCGUGUUAAAAUUCAGUCAAUUACUACCAAAGGAGAAAACGAGCCAGAGCGACGCAAAACAAAGGAUAAGGUAGAAGAAGAUCGAAAACAUGAAAUUGAAGCUGCACUUGUACGCAUUAUGAAAGCUCGUAAAAGGUUAACACACAAUACACUUAUUAUGGAAGUAACCGAGCAAUUGAGAUCUAGAUUUAUGCCAUCACCUGUUCUCAUUAAGAAACGUAUCGAGUGCCUAAUCGAAAGAGAAUAUUUAGCACGUACACCAGAAGACCGAAAUACUUACAAUUAUGUCGCAUAAAUACGAUGUUGUACCACCAUCUAUAUAAAAAUGUAUAUAUAUAUAUAUAUAUAUGAAUUGUAUAUAUACAUUAAACUAAGGUAACAUUGAUUUUUGAGAAAAACGAAUACCCUCAAGUAUGUUUAAACUGCAAGAAGAAUACAUCAUCUUCAAAAUUACUCAUUUGGUUUUAAUUUAAUAAAGAAUAAACCAUUGAUUUUACCAAGCGUAUCUUUCAAUAAUUUAUAUUUUUAUAUACAAUUUGUGUUAAUGAUUAAAUUAGGGCGAUACUUUAUACUGCAAAUGUAAAUAUGUGUAUGUAUAUAUGUAUGAAUGUAAAUGUAAUUUAAUUGGAGUAUUUAGUUUCCGGCUGUUAUUUUAUAGAUAUAAUUGAUUGAUUCCACUCUGAAAGUUUGUUCAAAUAUUAAAAUUUAAAUUAACACGUGGAUAGGACAUUUUUAAUCUUAGGUAGUAUAAAAUAAUUAAACUCAUUAGUACUUAUGUAAUACUGUUCGCGUUUAUAUACAGUAUAAUGUUGUCGAGUUCAGCUAAAGUGGCUAGUACAAUUUUUUGAGAGAUAUUAAUUUAUCUAUCUUUGUUAAUUUGAAUUCAUUGUUAUUUUACUCCUUGCAAAACAAAAUUUCAAUUUAAUUACUACUCGAGUGUAGUUAUAUAAACUACACUCUUGCAAGAAUUAUAAAUACCACCUGAAGUUCAUAAUUGGUCCAUUAAAUAAAAAAUAUACUAUAUACAGGUACAUUACAAAUAUAUAUUAAAGGUACUUAUAACCGCUAAUAUAUUUCCAAUAAUUUAUUAUUAUGAACUGAUGUUCUUUCAAAAAAGGAGGACAAUAAUUAUCUAUAUAAACCGAUGUUAUUAUUAGAAAUUAAGUUUGAAAAAAAAAAAUUUUAAUUGUUACAUUUAUAUAAGUUUAAUUCAUAAAUGUAUAUGUGUAAAGUGCGUUGUGUUUUUACAUUUUAGAGGCAAACUGAUAUAAUGUGUAGGUACCUACAUGUUGAAAUGUUAAAUAUAUUAUAUUCAAUCCUCCUGUUUGAA